AUGCGAAAAAAAAGGACUGCAGAAGUGGCAAGUGGUAGUAAGACAGGAAUGGAUGGUGGGCAUACACAUGGUAGUAGGGUUAAGAGGACUAAUACAACAAAGGGUGAAAAUGUGAAGAAAAGGACUGUAGAAGUGGCAAGUGGAAGUAGGACAGGAAUGGAAUGUGGGGAUACACAAGGUACUAGGGAGAAUGGGACUACACAAGUGACAAGGGAGAGGGGUAAUGUUGUAAUUACCCAGGUUUAG